UUUCUUGGUCAAAUUAAAUUUUAGUUAUUUUCUUUCCUGGAAUAAGAACACUACAAGAAACCUUCUGCAACAAUUUGAAUAAACCUAAACCACCGCCCUCCUCCAACUCUUAUCCACAAAAUGCCCAGCGCAGUGGCUUUGCCCUGUCUUGGCAUAGUCAGCAUGGCACGCCGGCCACGUCAGACGGCCAAGACAAAGCCAAGCAAAAUCCCGCUGCCUUCGACGACGAGUAUCGGGUUCGGGACGAAGAGGAGGGAGCAGACGUGGCAGGGCAUAGAGGGUUGUGGAGCUUGCUGCAAGCUCGAAAAAGGUCCCUCCUUUGCUACCCCUGAAGAAAUCUUCAAUAACCCAACUGACAUUGAGCUUUACAGAAGCAUGGUGGGUGCAGAUGGGUGGUGUGUGAACUUCGACAAAGGCACACGCAAGUGCUUAAUUUACAAUGAUCGUCCCUAUUUUUGUCGUGUGGAGGCGGAGGUUUUUCAAUCACUGUAUGGGAUUAAUGAGAAGAAGUUCAACAAGGAAGCCUGCAGGAGCUGCAGGGACACCAUAAAGUCUGUUUAUGGUCCUCAUUCAAAAGAGUUGGUUAACUUCAACAGCGCAGUAACUUCAAGCUCCAGCAGCAAUAGUUGUUAAAUGAAUGCAAUUUCAAUGCAUUGCUAAUUAUGACAGGCUUAGCUACGUAAUUCUUGCAGCAAACUGGUAUAACAGAAUUGGGCAAGAUUCAAUUUUGAUGGACCUUCAAAUUCCCCACUCAAUUCAGAGCACCAAACUAGCCAAUGAUUAGUGAUCUCCACUUGGGGAAGAAGCUUCGAGAGCCAGAGUUUUUCGGCAUCUGCAGAUUCUGAGACAAGAAAUAGGCUUAUCCAAAGUGACAAUUUAAUGUAAUUCACAAAGUGCUUAUUUGAAUCUUUCAACAUUUUUGUUUACAAGGUUGAGGACUUGGACAUAGCUCAGAACACUUGUACCAAAACCAUCUUGAAAAUGAUUGGUUUUGCAUAAAGAGCUCAGUUUGCUUAAUCUACUUGAUUUAGAAUUAAUUUGUACACCUGUCGAAUACUGAUCAUAUUUGAUUUACAAUUAAACACAUGGACUUAUCAGAUUAAGCUCAGAGUUGUAGGAGCGUGAGAAAAUUGCGUGGACAUAUGACCUCUAAGCCAGUGAAAGCUCUCAAACUUGGUCCAAGUCCACCAGUCUGUUAAAACCGUUAUUUCAAGAAGAUUCAUAACCACCGCAGAUCCAAAUUCAAGAACUUCUCCUCAAACACUUUGUUCACCUCCUCCUCUUUCUGUCCCUCU